CUAGAGGAGGAAACAGAGAUAGCCAGUUGGACCGAAAAUGGUGGCCUCUUUGUGGGGACGAACGCAGAGCGUCUGGCUGAGUACAAACGCUUUGCAGAAACUGGUAAAUAUUUCGGCAUCGAGAGCCAUGUGCUCUCACCAUCAGAGGUGAAAGAGGUGCACCCGCUCCUGCGGAUUGACGACAUCUAUGGCGGCGUGUACUCUCCUGGUGACGGCACCAUAGACCCCACCAGCGUCUGCAAUGCUUACGCGAAAGCCUCGCGGAAAUUUGGGGGCGGCGUGUAUGAGAACGUAGGGGUCAGCGGCAUAGAGGUGGAGGACUACCUCACUGCCGGAUCUGCGCCAGGGAGACGCAUCAAGGCUGUCCUGACCAGCUGCGGAAAGAGGAUCGAGACCCCAACAGUCGUGAAUGCCUGCGGCGCGUGGGCCAAUGAGAUUGCGGCCAUGGUAGGUGCGCAGAUUCCUUUGAAGGCCAUGAAGCAUGCCAUGGUACUCACCGAACCCAUCGCUGGCAUGCACAGCGGCCUGCCCAACGUCCGGGAUCACGACCUUAGCGUGUAUUUGAAAACGCAAGGCGACUCGAUGGCAAUAGGCGGCUAUGAGCAGAACCCGGAGUUCUGGCCUGAUGUCGAUCCGGGCUUUGCAUUUGGCCUCUUUGAGCUUGACUAUGACACUUUCGGGCAGAACCUGGCAGGGCAUAUGCAGCGAUGUCCGGUGAUCGAGGAGACCGGGAUCAAGUCCACCGUUUGCGGGCCUGAGUCCUUCACGCCGGACCACAAGCCCCUCAUGGGUCCACAUCCCGGUCUCCGUGGCCUUUUCCAUGCCUGCGGAUUCAACUCGAUGGGCCUCAUGCUUGGGGGAGGUGUGGGCCGUGAGUUGACGAAGUGGAUCCUGACAGGUUCCCCGGAGGUAGAUCUCUUCAGCUUCGACUGCGCUCGCUUCCACCCGGAAAGUGUCGCAAGCAGUCGGUGGGUCCGCGAUCGCACCCACGAAAGCUACGCCAAGACCUACGCCAUUGUCUUUCCUCACGAUGAAGCCCUGGCAGGCCGCGGUAGCCGCAAAUCGGCGCUCUACGACGAGCUCAAGAGCCGAGGUUCCAAGGAGCCCUUGGACUAUGACUUGUAUGGUGCCUGUGCUGAAUCGGGAUUAGCUUUCUGGCUGGUGGAUCAAGGUGCCUACGAGGAAGGUGCCUGGCGCUUGGGCGAGGCAGACCACCCAGACAUCCCGAAACAUCAGAGUCAUGAGUACUUAGACCUCGUGGAGGGGGAGCUGACUUUCGACUGGCCGGCCAGCCACGCCACAGUGGCAGAGGAAUGCCGGGCUGCACGGGAAGGAGUGGCUAUCUUCGACCAGUCCUACUUUGGAAAGUUCUACCUCUCGGGCCCCGAAGCCGACGAAGCGGUUCAGUACUUGUGUGGUGCGGACAUAGAAGGAAAGCGGGCGGGAUCUGUGACCUAUACGCCCCUUUGUAAUUCCAGGGGCGGGGUGGAGGCCGAUCUCACGGUCACAAAACUGCAAGAUUCAGCUGGCAGCAACUAUUACUACUUCGCGGCAGGUGGCAACACUGCCACGAAGGACCUGGCCUGGAUCCGAAAAGUGCUUGAGGAUCAGAACUUUAAGGCUCAAAUCGAGGACCAGAGCGAGGCCAUGACCCUCAUCUCGGUUCAGGGGCCCUCCAGCAGGCGACUGCUGCAGUCUUUAACCCACUCAGAUAUGAGCGAUGAGUCCUUGCCUUUCUCCGGUGCCAAGCACCUAGAAAUUGCUGGACACCCACUUUUGGUCCUUCGUUUGACCUUUGUUGGUGAGCUCGGCUUCGAGCUCCACACGCCUGCAGAGUCCGCCGUAGAAGUCUACCGCGCUGUGCAGGAGGCAGGGGCCAAGCUGUCCCAGCUUGAAGGCAUUCCCGUCCGCGAUGCCGGGUAUAGGGCCAUCGACAGCCUCUCCGCGGAGAAGAACCUCCGUCACUGGCAUGCGGAUCUCAGCAACCGGGACACACCCCUGGAGGCGGGUAUCGGCUUUACAGUCCUCUCUAAGCUGAAGCGUACAGGCUCCUGA